AUGGGUGACGGUGGCGUCCUAAUGGCUGCACUUGUCCUGCUGCUGGCCAUUGUGGCUGUCUGCUGGGCCGUUGGCCACUGGCAGCCGUGGAGGCAGCAGGCAAAGAAGCGACCUGCUCCUGGGACCCCCCUGCGUGAAGCCUCGGGCUGUAGCCCCGGCCGUCCACACGGGCAGAGUCCAGCCCAGGACGGCGGGGACAGCGACGGUGCCGCCCUGCCCCGCUCCACUCAGGCUCCUGCAGCCGCCUGUGCGCCCUGUCCUGGCCCAGCUGUGCCGCUCGGCAGCCCGACGGCGGAAAGGCUGUGGCCGCUGCCCGGCGCGCAGGAGGAAGCAGGGCACAAGAAAGAGCUGUGGGAGCUGUACCAGCUGGGCCCGCAGCUGGGGAGCGGUGGCUUCGGCACCGUUUUCUCGGGAACCCGACUCUCCGACGGGAGCCCGGUGGCCAUCAAGCGAGUGGCCCGGGACACGGUCCUGCAGUGGAACGAGCUGCCCGACGGCACCUGUGUUCCGACGGAGAUCGUGCUCAUGAAGAAGGUGGGCUUCGGCUGCCAGAGAAUCAUCCAGCUCCUGGACUGGUUCGAGCUGCCCGACAGCUUCGUUCUGGUGCUGGAGCGUCCGGAGCAAUCUCGGGAUCUCUUGCGCGUCCUGGUGGAGCAAGAGUUCCUGAGCGAGGAGGCGGCGCGCUGGCUUUUCUGGCAGGUGCUGGAGGCCGUAUGGCACUGCACCGCCUGCGGCGUCCUGCACCGGGAUAUCAAGCCAGAGAACCUCCUCGUGAACCCGGAGACUGGCGAGCUGAAGCUCAUCGAUUUCGGUUGCGGCACCUUUCUCCAGGAGCGGGCCUUCACACAGUUUGCCGGAACACGCUCGUACUGCCCGCCCGAGUGGAUCGGCCUGCGCUGCUACCACGGCGAUGGGGCGACCAUCUGGUCCCUGGGCGUGUUGCUCUUCGAAAUGGUGUGCGGGUUCCUGCCAUUCAAAAACGAGCGUGACAUCGUGUUGGGGCAGCCCAUCUUCCCGCAGGAGAUUUCUCCAGAGUGCCAACAUCUGAUCAGCUGGUGUUUGUCCAAGCACCCCAUGGAUCGGCCAGUGCUGGAGCAG